UGGAGCUCGAAAUAGCCACCCAGUGUCGAAUUCGGUAUGAGCUCCACGGGGUACGGCAUCAGCGGGCAUAAGAACGCGUUCUCGUCGGCCGUCAAGGUUGGCAACUACGUCGAGGACCAGUUUGGCGCGCAGCUGGCCAAAGGCAGCGUCGAGUGGCCGCAGCUCGGGCGGUCCGAGGUCCAAGAUAACUUUGCCGACCCGCGCCUCAAGCCGCCGCCCGAAGACAAGCGCGGUGUGCACCACGAGACGGAGGCGUACGUGGCGCAGUCGGGGCUGUCGUACAGCCUCCUCUUUCCGCACGGCCCGUCCGGGAAGGAGGGCGACAGCAAGGACUGGUGCACGACCAACCAGCUCCUCCACGGCGCGACCCGGAUCCCGACGCGCAAGGUGUUUGAGAACGGGUCCGAGAUUGGCCCCCAGAGCAUCGACCUGCGCGCCAAGCACGAAAAAUCCAUUGCGCUCCAGAAGAAGCUCGCGCGGGAAAAGCGCAUCGAGACGGCGUACGUCUCGUCGGCCCACGCCAGCUCGGCGCUCGUUCGAAAGAAGUAGCAGCUCUGUACUACGGUAUAUUCAAAAACCUUGCAUACGUCAACGGGUUCUCCUGCGUGAUACGGACAACAAAGUUAGCAGCUGCCGC